ACUAUGGGGGACCCACCGCCCGACCCUGAGCCCCGUCCCCAGCAGCCCUCAAGUCGGAGGAGUUCCCAGGUCUCCCAGCGGCGCAGUCGGGAACUCAGUCAGCCCCCGCCCACCAUCUCCGAGGAGGUGCCGCCGAUAGCCUUUGACGGCCGGGUCCCGCAGAGCGGUCAAGGGAUCCUGGCGAGCCAGACCAACCUCCAGGACUGGUCAUCAGGGCCCCCCCUGACCCAACAGGAGGUGUUCCAGGCUGAGGAAGCCCAGUUGGGUGGUGUAGAGUACCCGUCCCUGAAUAUGGGCUUUCAGCCCCAACCUUAUCUGGAAGAAGGCGGGAUCCAGGCCGCCCGAAACGCCAGCCUAAUGCUGCAGCAACUACAGCAGGGCCAGGGCAGCCUCUUCCAGCAACUGGACUCUGCCUACCUGGAGACCCAGCCCAACUUCUUGGGCCAGUUCAACAUGUACCAGGGAGAAGACCUACAGUUCAACCAGGGUGCCCCGCAUGGGCCCUACAUGAGGGAUGACCCCGCCCUCCAGUACUCGCCCUCCGAGCUGGGCUUCAUGCCCUUCAAUAUGGAGGUGCCUGAGCCAGAGCCUCGGGAGCUGGCCGUACAGAAUGCCAAGGCCUACCUGCUGCAGACCAGCGUCAGUUGCAGCCUCAGCCUGUAUGAGCACCUGGUGAACCUGCUGACCAAGAUCCUGAACCAGCGGCCCGAGGACCCUUUGCCCAUCCUGGAGUCGCUGAACCGCACCACACAAUGGGAGUGGUUCCACCCCAGGCUGGACACCAUGCGGGACGACCCUGAGAUGGAGCCCACCUAUGAGACGGCGGACAGGCAGAAGGCGCUAUUCCUUCGGAGCGGCGCCGCAGGCGAGGGCGAGCAGGAGAUGGAGGAGGAGGUGGCUGAGACAGCAGUACCCAACAUCAUGGAGACGGCCUUCUACUUCGAACAGGCUGGCGUGGGCCUGAGCUCAGACGAGAGUUUCCGCAUCUUCAUGGCCCUGAAGCAGCUGGUGGAGCAACAGCCCAUCCACACCUGCCGCUUCUGGGGCAAGAUCCUGGGGCUGAGCCGCAGCUACCUGGUGGCUGAGGUGGAGUUCCGGGAGGGCGAGGAGGAAGGGGAGGAGGAGGAGGUGGAGGAGAUGAUGGAGGGCGGCGAGGGUCUGGACACACACGCUGAGGAGGAAGGCGAGGAGGACGAGGAGAAGGUCACCGACGUUAUCCCCAAGCCCACGUGGAAGCCACCACCCGUCAUCCCCAAGGAGGAGAGCCGCUCGGGCACCAACAAGUACCUGUAUUUCGUGUGCAACGAGCCGGGCCGGCCGUGGACACGGCUGCCGCACGUCACGCCCAUCCAGAUCGUGCAGGCCCGCAAGAUCAAGAAGUUCUUUACGGGCUACCUGGACGCGCCGGUCAUCAGCUUCCCGCCCUUCCCGGGCAACGAAGCCAAUUACCUGCGGGCCCAGAUCGCCCGCAUCUCGGCCGCCACGCACAUCAGCCCGCUUGGCUUCUACCAGUUCGGCGAAGAGGAGGGUGAUGAGGAGGAGGAGGGCGGUGCAGGGCGCGACUCCUACGAGGAGAACCCCGACUUUGAGGGCAUCCCGGUGCUCGAGCUGGUGGACUCGAUGGCCAACUGGGUGCAUCAUACGCAGCACAUCCUGCCUCAGGGCCGCUGCACUUGGGUGAACCCUUUGCAGAAGAUGGAAGAGGAAGAGGAGCUGGGGGAGGAGGAAGAGAAAGCAGAUGAGGGGAUAGAGGAGGUGGAGCAGGAGGUCGGGCCCCCGCUGCUGACCCCGCUCUCAGAAGAUGCAGAAAUCAUGCACAUGUCACCGUGGACAGCCCGCCUGUCCUGCAGCCUCUGCCCGCAGUACUCCGUGGCCGUCGUGCGUUCCAAUCUUUGGCCAGGGGCCUAUGCCUACGCCAGUGGCAAGAAGUUUGAGAACAUCUACAUUGGCUGGGGCCACAAGUACAGUCCUGAGAACUUCAACCCACCCCUGCCAGCCCCCAUUCAGCACGAGUACCCCAGCAGCCCAGAUGUCAUGGAAAUGACUGACCCCACGGUGGAGGAGGAGCAGGCCCUCAAGGCAGCCCAGGAGCAGGCCCUGGCAGCCUCGGAGGAAGAGGAGGAAGAUGAGGAGGAAGAUGAGGAUGAGGACCUGGAGGACUGAAGGGGCCCCCUAGCCCCCUCUCCCAAGCAGCAAACAACUAUUGAAGUGCCUUCUGUCAGCCCAGCUCUGCUUUCCCGGGGCUCACACUCUACAGGAGAGACAGACAGUGACAACCCAGAUGGGGGAGCCCAGAGGACGGACAGAGCUCCUGAACUGACUCUUAAAGGGUCAAGAACAGAGUGGGGAAGAGCAUUCCAAGCAGAGGAGUGCAAAGACCCAAAGGCAAGAGAGCGUUGUGUUGAGGUAGUUUCCUGAAACCCCGUGUUAGGGACAUGGUGUGAGGAGUGAGUGGUGAGAGAUGAGGCUGGAAAGAGAGACUGGCAGGAGCAGAGCACUCAGGGCUUUACUUUGCCACGAGAGCAGUAGGGUCCAGGGGAGCAGAGACAAAGCUGAUGCUGAGAGGGCCCGAGCAAGAGAGGAGGACUUUGGACCAGCGCUAUGCAGAGAGAGGGACUGGAAAAGAGGACUUCACAUGACAGAAUGCAAAAAACGUGGGAACUGGAAGCAGGGUGUGAAGGGAGACCAUGCAGAUCUAGGGAGACCCUGAGGUCUGCAGCCUGAGUGACUGGGGGGGGAUGGCAGUGCGAGCUCUAAGAUGGGGACACAGGAGAGGAGCAGCAUUUGGAGGAAGAUGUCAGUUUCAUUGUAGGACUUGUCGAGUGUAAGAUGCCUCUGGGACAUUCCGGUGAGAAAUCUGAGAGACCACUGAGAAUGGGUCUAAGAAGGUCUGUGAUGGGGGCAGGGUGGCUUCAGCGGAAGUGAGGGCACUGGCUAUCAGCGGGGGCUCAUGGAUCAGCAAGCGCUUUUGGAUUACUAGUGGAUCACUGGGACACCGAGGGGCAUUGUGGGGAUCAACGAAAUUUUGGAACCAGAGGAGGGUGUUGGAGGACGAAGUGAGGUUGUUGAAGAUAGUGAAGUCAUGGAGAUACAUAUUGGAGGUUGGUGGGAAAUGUGGAAAUGUUUAGGGUUAACGUUAAUCGGUAGUGGGUCGGAUGAAGUCCUUGGAAUUCUAUGGAGACGCUGGAGAUCAGCGGGAUCUGCGGGAUCAUCAAGGGUCGGGGAGGAGGGUCUGGAGAUGCUGUCGCCAGUCAGGGAUUUUAAGACGUCAGUGGGAAACACUGGAGGUUAGGAAGGUGUAUGUUGGAAGUCUAAGGCGGCACUGGAAUCACUGGGGUCAUCUGUGACGUGAUGGGAAGGCCAGGUUAUGAACCAGGCCUUCUUUUGAGGGUCCCUCCGUUGCUAGGCAAACGGUUCCCAGGGCGCCGUUGCUAGGGAUUUGUGCUUUUCCAUGACCCCGCCCAUCUCCCCCUGGGCCGCGCCCCGCAGCCAACCACACGUCGGUCGCGGGCACACAAGGCCACGCCCACCUUUCGCCCCGCCCCCAGCCCCAGAACCGUUACCCGAGCGACGGCCGGAGCUCAUCCCGCCUCCCGAUCCUGUUGCCAAUCGAAGAGGCGUCGCCCGGGUGACCACCCCACCCCUUCCGGCGCGGGCCCAAGGCUUCCGGCAGGGGGCCCGGUGGCGGGCGGCGGUCCGGCAGCGGCGGGGCCCGGGCUGGGCGGGGGGGCGCCCAAGAUGGCGGCGGGCGGCGCGGAGGGCGGCUCGG